UUCAGCUAGCAAUUGAAGUAAAUGAUGACUCGUAACAUGACAGUGACCUCCCUCCUCGUGGUUCUGUGUCUCGUGGCAGCAGUUUCAGGACACAGUACCUAUGGCAUUGGAGGACACAGACAUAUUGUCCACGGUAGUGGAGUGCUCGGUGGUAUCCACGGAGGAGUCCAUGGAGGUGUUCUUGAUGGUGUUCACAGCGGUGUCUUCGGGGGUGUCCACGGAGGUAGUGUUCAUGGCGUAGGAUUCGUAGGCUCUGGCAUCCACGGCGCCGGAUCCUUCAACACCGCUCAUUACCCUGGUCUUGUGCCUGGUUACAGCUUCUACGACCAAAGACCCGUGCUCGGAUACAACACGUGCAAGUACUGGUGCAAGAGCAAUUAUACCAACAAGUACUACUGCUGCCAGCGACCUUACCAAGGAUAGAACUCUUCACUGAUUCUUAUUUCUUUUGGUUUUGUGUUAAUCGUCUUCUAUAAAACAAUUUUCUUGCUCUAAAAUAAAGCUUAUUUUUGUAUAA